AUGGCCUUCAGGUUACUUCGCAUGUUUUUAGUACAUACUGGGCUCUUACUGGUAUUUGCUGGUUUAGUUAUUUUCACGACUAUCUCAGGGUUUGGUACCGGCGAGAGAGUUGGUACAUUUAUUGACGCCUUUUAUGUGGCUUACUGUACGGUCUUCUCAGUUGGUUUCGGCGAUAUUUCUCCUUUGAAGUCUCUUACUCGGAUUCUUUGUGAUGUGCUGGGAUUGGUGGUUGGACCUAUUGUAGUGAUGGUACUCACUCAUUUUUUGGGUCGGUUAGCAUGCGAGUUGGGGCGGUGGAUUUCAUCUCGCUUUCUUAUGAGAUAUCGAGUGUAUUCAACUCUUGGUAUGAUCUUGCUGGCUCUAUUUUUGGGGAUGGCCGGCAUUUAUAUCUUCGAGUGGCUGCACCUAGCUGGUGGAUCUCCAUCUCCAUCUCCUUCCACUAUGUUACCUACUGAUGCAUACGCAUGGGUCCUCUUUGUUGACAUAUUCCACCUCUCAGUUAUGAUGAUGAAUACCACUGGAUUUGGAGAUUUCGCCUUCACUACUGCAUUUGGGAGAGCGUUUACCAUAGUAUGGGUUCCUUUCUCUACUAUAGUGUUUAUGGUUGCGGGUACGUUCUUGGCUCAGACUUUUUUGUUCUAUCUUGCACGUAUCAUUGGAGGUUACAGCUUGCCCCAGGGGAUCCACCGUCACUGA